GUUUUCUUCCACGAGGCUGACAGAAACACAAGCAGACGAUCAAGCCUGGUGUCAGUGUGGUCUCAGACUGCUGGUAAGAUAAGCAUAACGUGACCUUGAUCCAGAAACUGCAGUCAGCGUCAGCCGAGUUACUUCCCUGGUGUGUGACAGGCGUAUUGAGCAGUUGUCCUCACUCACAAGAAUGGCUGGAGAAGCAGGAGAGGGGACAAAACUCUGGGGUGGGCGUUUCACAGGAGCCACUGAUCCAAUCAUGGAGGGCUUCAAUGCUUCUAUUGGUUUUGACAAAAGGCUCUGGGCUGCUGAUAUCCAGGGCAGCCAGGCAUAUGCCAGAGCCAUUGAGAAAGCUGGUCUUAUUACCGGUGAGGAGUCUACAGCCAUUAUAGAGGGCCUGAACAAGGUUCAUGAGGAGUGGGCCAGUGGGAAGUUCGAGCUCCAAUCUGGUGAUGAGGACAUCCACACAGCCAAUGAGAGAAGACUUACAGAGCUGAUUGGAGAAGCUGGAAGAAAGCUGCACACAGGCCGCAGUCGUAAUGACCAGGUUGCCACGGAUACGCGUAUCUGGCUGCGUGACAACAUCCUGGUGCUCAGAGAUCACAUCCUUGACCUGACCAGUGUCUUGGUGAAGCGAGCCAUUCAAGAGAUAGACAUACUGAUGCCUGGAUACACUCAUCUGCAGAGGGCUCAGCCAAUCAAAUGGAGUCACUGGUUACUUAGUUAUGCCUGGAUGCUGAAGAGAGAUUUGGAGCGUCUGGAUGAGAUACGUGGUAGAGUGAAUAUACUUCCUCUUGGCAGUGGUGCUCUGGCAGGAAAUCCAUUUAAUGUGGACAGAGAAUUUCUGGCCAAAGAGUUAAAGUUUGAAGGUGUUACAGGAAACAGUCUGGAUGCGGUUAGUGAUCGGGACUACAUCAUGGAGUUUCUGUUCUGGGGAUCUCUCCUGGGAGUACACCUCAGUCGUUGGGCAGAAGACCUGAUCCUGUACAGCACAAAGGAAUUUGGAUUUGUAUCUCUUUCCGAUGCCUACAGUACAGGAAGUAGUUUGAUGCCCCAGAAGAAGAAUGCUGACAGCUUGGAACUCAUCAGGGGAAAAUCUGGCAGGCUGUUUGGAAAUAUGGCUGGGUUUAUGAUGAGUGUGAAGGGAAUCCCCAGCACCUACAACAAAGACUUGCAGGAAGACAAGGAGGCGAUGUUUGGUGUUUUUGAUACUCUGGAAGGAAUUCUGCAGGUGGCAGAGGGCACGCUCUCAACUCUAAAGAUUGACAAAGUGGCCUGCAGGUCUGCCCUAAGCCCCGAUAUGCUAGCCACAGAUCUGGCGUAUUACCUUGUCAGAAAAGGAAUCCCAUUCAGAGAUGCUCACAGCCUGUCAGGAGGGUGUGUGGCUCUGGCUGAGAAGAAGAACUGUCUGUUGUCAGAGCUCACUUUGGCUGACCUGAAAACAGUCAGUCCCUUGUUUGAGGAGGAUGUCUCUCAUGUUUGGAACUAUGAGAACAGCGUGAAUCAGUAUGCAGUGUACGGUGGGACUGGGGUGGACAGUGUCACCGCUCAGGCAUCAAACCUCACUGCCUGGCUGAACAGUGCCAAGGCCAAGUACCAAAACUUUGCUGCGCAAGCUAAAGGGGGAGGCUCAGAGGCCUGAACCAUUAAUGUCAGCCCAAAGUCAAAUAGAACAUUCAGACUGGCAACCAUAUUUGACAGAGCCCUUUCUCUACAGUAUUAAAGUUGUUAACUGAUCUGAAGCAAGUUUCCCUCUAGGCUUAAUUCCACAAAGCAAGUUUUGACCUAUAUCAAAUCUGAAAACUUUUACAUAUUUACAUAUUAACACUUAAUAAUGAGUUUUAUUCAGCUACUAGUAUUCGACUGGUGGUGUUUAAUUGGCCAGUGGCCUCAGCGCUCUUGUUGUAUAUAACAUAUUAAUCCACUGUGUCCCGUAUGUCGUGUAGAUUAUCCUAUAUGUUACCCCUGUAUCGCCAGUACUUCUGACCUGCUGGUGUCCCCUGUAUCGCCAGUACUUCUGACCUGCUGGUGUCCCCUGUAUCGCCAGUACUUCUGACCUGCUGGUGUCCCCUGUAUCGCCAGUACUUCUGACCUGCUGGUGUCCCCUGUAUCGCCAGUACUUCUGACCUGCUGGUGUCCCCUGUAUCGCCAGUACUUCUGACCUGCUGGUGUCCCCUGUAUCGCCAGUACUUCUGACCUGCAGGUGUCCCCUGUAUCACCAGUACUUCUCACCUGCAGGUGUCCCCUGUAUCCCCAUUACUUCUGACCUGCAGGAGUCC